CCGAGCAAGAAAUGGACGCAGUGAUCGCACGCAGCACUUAUCAGGAGAGCAAAGAGGCCAGCUCCUCUCCAGGCUUAGGUACCCCCUUGAAGAGUCCCUCUCUUGCAAAAAAGGACGCCCUGAUUUCUGAACCCGAAGCCUCCCAGGACUUUGCCCACGGUGUCCCAGGCUCCCUGUCAGACCUCAUGGUGGCCGGCUCGGAGGACGAGGACUCCCCAGGCAGCGGCCGCAGCACCUCCGAGGACGGUGGCCUGCCAGCUAGCACCUCUAGUAAACCACAAGUCAAUGGAAUUGAAGCCACUGACUUUCAUGAAAGGAGAACACCUCAUUCUUAG